AUGGGGUCUCCGGUGCGCGCUGUUGCGCUGUUGAGUGUUGUGGUUGCCACUGCAGCUGCGUUGUGCGAUGGUGGUGAAUGGGAUGUUAUGGUCGUUGGUUCUGGGCCAGCAGGUAUCGUGGUAGCCGACCGCAUGAGUGAAGCUGGAAAGAAGACGCUGCUACUCGAGCAGGGCGGGCCAUCAUACUACGUCACCGGAGGACGCGCGCGGCCAGACUGGCUCAACGGCACAGAACUCAGUCGUGUCGAUGUCCCCGGCCUCUACAAGUCCAUCUUCUCGACGCCGGAGGGCGGCACUCUCACAUGCGGACCCGGUGUAGUCAAUGCUUUCCAGGGCUGUACCGUUGGCGGUAAUACGGCGAUAAACGCGGGCUUGUUCUUCCAGCCGCCCGCCAGUGAUUGGGACCGGUACUUUCCUGCCGGCUGGAAAAAUGACGAUAUGCAGAGUGCAAUCCAGAAAGUACGGGCGAUGCAGCCUAGCACGGACAAUCCGUCGCAGGAUGGGAUACGGUAUCUCCAGAGUGGAUACGAGGCUGCCAAACAAUGGCUGGUGGACGGUGCGGGAUAUGCAAACGUUGGAUUGAACGAUGGCCCGGAGAAGCAUAGCAAGAGCAAAGUCUUUGGCCAUACAAUCUUCAACUAUGAAGGCGGACAGAGGAGUGGGCCGGCCAAGACAUAUCUCCAGGCUGCGCUUCAACGACCAAACUUUGCUUUCCGCACCGGUACCAAAGUCGUACGUGUCAUACGCAACGGCGAGUGUGCGACUGGUGUCGAGACGCAAUCGACCAGUGGGGAAAACACAAACAUCUGCAUCAAACAGGGCGGGAAAAUCAUCCUCUCUGGCGGCCCUCUCCUCAGCCCUCAACUUCUCAUGUGGUCUGGCAUUGGCGACCCGGAAGUCUUGGCCAACCUCACCACCAGCGGUCAUCUCGCAGUCUCCCCGCAAGACUGGAUCAACAACACAGCCGUGGGCGACAAAGUGUUCGACAACCCCAACACAUUCAUCCAGCUCAAGGCUGACACCAUCUCUUCCUUUGAAUACAAAUACGCCGACCCCACACCCGACGCUCGCGACUUGUAUCUCAACUCUCGCUCUGGCCCUUACACAUUCGCAUCCCAGACAAGUGCAUUCUGGGACUUUAUCCAACAGGGCGACGAGCUUGUAGGCUGCCAAGGUACCAUUGACUCAUCGGGAUCAAAAGAUCACCUGGACAACGGCACCAUUACUCUCAACGUCUACGGCACAUCUGGUUUCCGCUCCUUGGGCCGUGUGGGUGUGGACGCGAAAGGUGUCGCAUUGCCAACUCUUGUACCCUACACUAACAGGCUCGACGCCGUGGCCGUAGGCACUUUCAUCCACAACAUUUUUCAAGCCCUGCCCCCGACUUUGAACCCGCUCAAUGUCGCGAGGAAUUCCACUGUUGACGAGUUGACGACGUGGGUUAGCUCGCCAAGCAAGUACACGCUGGGCAAUGUCCAGCAUUGGAGCAGCAGUUGUAGGCUCGGGUCUUGUGUGGAUCUGGAUACAAAGGUCAUCGGCAUGGAUAAUCUCUUCGUGGUCGAUGCCAGUAUCGUGCCGCCGCUGACUACGAACCCAGUCAUGGGAAUCAUGAUUGCCGCGGAGAGGGCCGUGGAGCGCAUUCUAGGUUCUUGGAAGUAG